CUUCCUUCCCAAAGAGAUGCCAUUAAGUUGGACGACUCCAUCUCGCCAUGCGUUGUAAUUGAAAUGGCGCGUUUUGCUCCAGGCGAAGCAAGGGGCGCUUCUCGCUCUGACUCUACGCAUGACGAUAUACGUCAUUCUGGUUUAAUGGACAUCAGAAUAUGAACGAUGCGGCGAAUGGUAUUGGAUAUAAGCUUUGACAAGAAAUAUGAGCAUGUGGCUUUUCGAUAAAAUAACUGUUAACGCGUUGUGCUCUUUAUCAUACUCAAACUGUUUUAAAUCGGAAAAUCGCUCUAUUUGAUUUACGUUUACGUUUUGCAAACCAAAUGCAGUAUUAAUCAACAUACGUUUUCUCUUCAAUUUAGACUUAUCAGCCAGGUAAUAGGCAACAGCCAAGUAAACCGUUAUCCGCGCACACGGGCGUCUGCGCCAAGACAUCUAUUUGCAAAGUCGAGCCAAAAUGAAAAGAAAUUCGAUUUGACCAUAAAUAUGGUUUCACAGAUGCACAGCAGGAUCAAAUGUUCAUCUGGUAACGCGCCCCAGUGCAGGCAGGCUUGAGCUCAUUGGAGCCUAAUCCUUCGCCCCGGGGCGCUCGGAGCGCCUCGAGCAGAAUUCUUUUCAGCUGUCCUCUGUUAUUCGGGGAGGAACUCUGGCUACAUCGCAGUCUCACGCUUAACACAAAAAGGACAUAGAAACAGAAACGAGGGAAAGACACGAUCGAUCUCAUGUUUUAAAGAGGGUGAAGAUACAAUUUCAGCUAUGUCUUCCAAGGAGGGAAGAAGCAUGUCUCGUCUUUCUCUGACUCGUUCGCCAGUGUCUCCUUUGGCCGCACAGGGAAUCCCUCUCCCUGCUCAGCUGACCAAAGCCAAUGCACCUGUCCACAUCGACGUGGGGGGACACAUGUACACGAGCAGCCUCGCCACCCUCACCAAGUACCCAGACUCAAGGAUCAGUCGUCUGUUCAACGGCACAGAACCAAUUGUUCUGGACAGUUUGAAGCAGCACUACUUCAUCGACAGAGACGGGGAGAUAUUCCGGUACAUUCUCAGUUACCUUCGAACCAGCAAACUGCUCCUUCCUGAAGACUUCAAGGAGUUCCAGCUGCUGUACGAGGAGGCGCGCUACUACCAACUGAGCCCCAUGGUGAAGGAGCUGGAGCGCUGGAAGCAGGAACGUGAACUGCGGCGUGGAUGCCAGCCCUGCGAGUGCCUGGUGGUGCGCGUCACACCCGACCUGGGCGAGAGGAUUGCCUUGAGCGGCGACAAGGCCCUCAUCGAGGAGAUCUUCCCCGAGACGGGUGACGUCAUGUGCAACUCUGUGAAUGCCGGCUGGAACCAGGACCCCACGCACGUCAUCCGCUUCCCCCUCAACGGCUACUGCCGACUCAACUCUGUACAGGUGCUGGAGAGAUUGUUCCAGAAGGGCUUCACCAUGGUUGCUUCAUGUGGGGGAGGCGUGGACUCGUCCCAGUUCAGCGAGUACAUCCUGAGCCGCGAGGACAGGCGUGCUCACACCCUCCACACGCCCAUCCGGAUAAAGCAGGAGCCGCUGGACUAGAGAACCCCACGCCUGCCAGGAGCGCCUAUAACCGGCCCCGCCCGAAAGACCGGUGCUGGACAGAGAGAAACCCCCCAACCAUUGGUAGCUCUCUGCCGGCUCGAUGGACCUUACACGAGCUUGUGAAGAUGGAACUCUAUCCAAACACGAGUGAGAAAUCCUCUGAGCUUGUUGAGGCAUAAGACUCAGUUAAGAGACAUCUUGAAAACAAAAGUCAUGGAUGAAAGGGAAAAAAAUCGCAUUCUAUAUAUUUUGGUCUUCCACACGCCACUGCACAAUAUUCGGUCGUGACCUUAUUUGGCGACUGUGUGUUCUUUUAAUGCGGAAUUUUGGUUUCGCAUACCAGACCUCACCUCAGCAUCGCUAUACCAGCUGGGAAAAAUAACGGCCCCGUGUUUGUCCUGUGAUGUAUAUCGGGUUGGUGUAUGUGACUGGCUGGCUUGCAGACGCCAUGGCGGUAUGCGAAGUGUGUGAGAGGUGAGCUCAGUGCUCACUGUGGUGAGACUGGUCACGGGCAGCAUAACGAGGCCGCUCCGAUCUGGCGAGAGGCAGCGCUAUAGCCACAGUGGUAAUAUUACAGUGGUGACUUUUCUGAGUCAGAAGAACCCCGGAGGUGCAGUGUGUGUAAAAUGACAGCAGUCAAUCAUUUCAGUGGGGAGGCCUUUCCUUUUUAUGCUACAACCUCAAACGACAGCAAUGCUACUUUCUCCUGGCAUCAAGUAAUUAAAUAGAAACUCAUGAAAACAGCACAAUCCUGCACAGAUUUAAGACAGUCACCAUGCGUCCAGUGAGACAAUGGGUGUAUCUGGCGACAUAGUGCCCUUUGCAUCAACACAGAAUCUCUGUCACUGAGAGCAGCGUUAAGUAGGGGAAAUGAGAGAUUGCUCUCAUUGCUAAAGGACUCGGUGUGAUGAGACUUCUUUUAGAGUACAGUGACUGGGAGAUGCUGCUCCUAGUGGAGAUGGCCGAGUAGUCAUGUGCUCCGUAGGGCCCUGUCAGGGAUCCAGAGGAAAACACGGGUCAGAGAGAAGCCACUGUCUUUCCUAAAUGAGGUCACAUUCCCACAAUCCCUUUAUAAGCCUUCAUAUCCCAACCAAACCGGGCCAGUCAGAGGGAGAGAGCAGAGUUAACAAGGUGGCUGGAAAGCAGUAUGAUGCUUAAUGUGUUGUAAAAAUGCACAUUUCAUGGCUAUGCUUUCGAUAGGCUCUUCUCUGCAUAGGCUCAUUACAGGACCAAAGGUCACUGAGAUGCUACUGUAUAGUACAGGAUCACAUACAGUGUUGUCUCAGUAAAGAGGCACGAACAUAGUGGAACAGGGAACAUGUUCAUUUUCUUGCCAUCCAGUAAAGGUGAGGCUAUACCCCAAUCCCAGCCCUGAUGCCGAAUCUUGUGACAGCUUGGACCCCUCUAGCAGAGACACGAUUUUUGGCAUUUCAAAGAGUUUAGGUUCCAGUUUUCUCAUUUUAUGACAGACAUCAUGAAAGCCAUUUAAUUUUGUUGACUGCAGUAAAUGAGCCCUUUCUCAGAUACACCAACAUCAUUUUUUGAGUGGGGUCAGUUAACUAAAGAUUAUACCACAAAGAUACCACUCGAAUAAAGAAAGAUCUUAAUUUAAAUACUGUUAUAAUGGUUGUUGUCAAAAUAUUAUUACAGUAAAGUGCAAUUGUAUAUUUAAAUAAUUCUUUUGUUAAUGCAUAAUUAUUGUAGUAUUACUGGCAUGUGUUCACUAUCCUUUUGUAAUUAGUGUUGAUAACAUGGACUUUUAAUAAAUUGUUCGA